UUCCACAACCAUUGCAUUGACCAGACAACCCGUCAGUCGAAUCAUCUUUUGCGUUUUCUUCAGUCCAAAAAUCGGGAAUCAGUCGAUGGUUCUUUUCGCGAGUUCGUUGUUCUUUAUUGUGUCCGCGUCGCGAAUGCUUUUUGUGUAUUUUUGUCGUCAUUUUCGGUUCGACGACCAUCUGAUUGGCUACAUUUCGGCUAGGAGUUCGUUCUAAACUGAGUUUUUAUAGGUAGUGAUUGAAUUGUGUGCACAUUUUCGGAACAAGUGGAUAAUAGUUGCGUGAGAGCAUUCUUCUGCUCUUGAGGAAGGGUCAAUUAAGGGAAGGGAAUUGUUGUUGAAAGGGUCGCGGGGUCACAUCCCACUGAUUCUUGACCGUUGCCUUUGGGUCUCGUGAAGCUAAUUGAGGCGGAAGUGAAUUCGUUGCAAGGAAACGGCAGUCCUCAUAGACUAGUCUGUGGAUUUCACAAAUUUCCGGAAAAAUCAAUGAAGACAGAAAGCUGUAAGAAUGGAAAAUCGACGGUUCUUUAAUCAGGAAGGCAAGGAAGCGAAGAACUUUUACCAUCUGUCCGACGACGGAGAGGAAAGCGGCUGCAGCAGAAGCUACAUGCGGAAGCCACCGGCUCACUUGAAACCACGUUCGCUGCAGAGUGCCUCGCAAAGCAAAUCAGCUGCAAAAUCGUCCGCUCCAAGAGUGCGAUCCGCUUCGACGGGACGGGACAAAAAGUCGGAACUUCAAGCCCGGUACUGGGCUUUUCUGUUCGGGAAUCUUCAGCGAUCUGUGAACGAAAUCUACCAAACGGUCGAGUGUUACGAAAAUUUGCCCUCAUGCCAGGAAGCGAUUCUCGUGCUGGAAAACUACAUCCGAGACUUUCGGGCGUUGGCCGAAUGGUUCAAGGUUUCUUGGGAUUACGAAGCGACCCCAUUGCCUCAGCGUCCACAAUCGCUGGCUUGGGAGGUACGGAAGAGCAAUCCGGUUCCACGCGUCCGCAAACCCAUCUCCAGUCCGGGCAUAUCCGGCAAAUCGAGUCCAAGCUUCUCCGGUAAGAACAGUCCAAGUCACGCAGUGGAAGAUCUGAACAAAUGUUCUCCGAAAAAGCACUUCAGUUCCACGGAGAGCCUCAGCACGAAGAAAGGCUGUGCUGGAUUGGGAAAGCUGUUGGUCAAAGAUAUGAUAAAACAGUCCGUAGGGGCAAACGAGAAUGCAGUGCUGGACGAAGCGCAGAAAACACUCCAAACGACGGGAGAGAAUGACCACCAUCAGCCGAUUGGUUGUAGCAAUAUCGAUGCUUAUGUACUUAAACUGGAUCAGUACACGCAGACUAAUUUAGAUGACGAAAAUCUAACGUUGGCUGAAUACCUGGAAAAGUAUUGCAAGAAAGAGGAAGAUGUUAAGGAAGUUGUGAAGCAGGAUGAAGUCGUUCAGGAAGAGACUAAAAUCGUUGAAGCGGCGCCUCAGGAAGAUAAGAAAGUUGCUGAACCUGUUAAGGUUCUUGAAAAGGUUCUGGAAGCUGCACCUAAAAAGGUCGCACCAGUUACGAAGUAUGCAGCUGUAGUGAACAGUGCUGCCAAGCCCUUAAUACGGCAAGCUGGUCCAGUCGUUCAGACUAAAACUGUUCUGCCAUCGAGAACGGUUCCUUCGAAGACUGUUCGAACCGUGCUGAAUGUCCGCAAGUCUGCAACCUUAUCUAGUCUCAGUCAGAGUCAAACGAAAACCGUUUCGCUCCCGGCUAAAAGUGCAACCAUUUCAAACAUCCAUUCCACAGGUUCGAAACCUGGUGCUCGUCCCGUAGCAAAUCCAGUGAGAAGCAAAACCAUUCCAACGAAUGUGUCCACUCGUCUCUCGACACGUUCCAAAACGAUGAUAGAAAUGAAUAACCGACGGAACGACAGUAAAGUGGCACCUUUCCCAUCAAAGCUGUCAUUUUCGCGCAAAACCUCUAGGGAAGACGUCGACAGUUCCAGUUCUACUUUGAAAGCCAGCACCGAUCGAUUGGGUUCAAGGAAUUCAGUCAUAGAUGCUUCCAAGUCCCGUGUUCAGAAUGGACCCGCUACGAGUAGACGUUCCGAACCGAAGAGCCUCCCAUCUGACGCCGCCAACAAUGACGGAUGGUAUACGGUGAAGACGAAACGACGGUCAAGUCUCCACUGGGCAACUAGGUUCAAUCAACCUAGCGGAUACGCAAGCCUUCCUACGCUUUCUCUGCUGGAUGAAAACGGCAAUGCCGAAGAGAAUGAGCCUAAGGAAUCUACGGAUAAUGUUAACAAGUCAUCGAAAGUAGAACCGAAAGUUGUUAAACCGAGUAUUGCAUCGAAGACUCCGCCUGACUCCAAAACUAAAGCGACUUCAAUUGCUAAUGCAAAGCCCACGAUUCCUCCUACUAAAGCCGUGACCACUAUACCACCAAAGCGACCCACAACAGCACCCGCAGUAGCGAAAAGGGUUGUUCCGACCAACCCUCCUUCAGCAGCUCAGCCAAAGCAACCAACACUAAAUGGUCCAACGACAAUGAGCCGACAAAAAUCCGAUCUCACCGGUUUGAAGCUAAAAACCUUGCACAAGGAAUUUCUCCGUAAUGAAAAAAUGAAAUCAAAACCUCCGGCAGCACCGAUCGUCAACGGCGAACCAGAUGAACUGGCCAAGACAGUCGAAGAAACUGUCCCGAUCCCCCCGGAGGAUACCAUGUCCCAGUUGAACAAGGUCGACAUGAACAUCCAAACGAACCUGGUAUCGUCCACCAUACAAAAUCUGUACGAGAAGUGUCUUGGAUCGAGUGACGAUGGCGGUGGAGAUGGCACUGCAAUAGUCGUCGGUAAAGCAUUGCUGCGAUCGGAAAUUAACUUGUCCAGUUGCGACGAGUUGGAGGAACGGGAGGACAUGGAAAGCGACGAGGAUCAGCGUAAACUGUUGGAGGAACAGGAAAGCCUUGAAGCGCAAAUUCGGGAACUACAGAAUACGGAAAUCGAUAUUGACACUGAAACGGACGAAACCGAUUGUGAAGCUAUCAUCGAUUUGGAAGAUAACGAAAGUAACGCCGAGAGUUUGGAAACCAUCAGUGUGAACGGAAUCGGUGGAGACGAUGAGAUGACCCUAGAGAUACGAUACGAAGCCGUUUUAGCAGAAAUGACGUGGGUAGAACGUGCUCAAACGCUGGCAACUCUGCAGGCCCUGGUGGCUCGUCAUCCUGGCAGAGCUCAGCAAUUGCACGCCAAGUUGUCUAGUCCUUCCCGAAGAAGAUCAUUGCACGAGACGCUGAAAAAGUAUCAGGCGAAGCAGACUCGAGCGUUGGAAAAACGCCAAGCAUUGCAAAAGGAAAAGGCCCAGAAAAUUCAACAAUUGCUUACGCGAGUCGAAGAUGUUAAGACCGCCAAACAGCAACUGAUUGAAAAGAAACGUAUGCGAAUGGAAGAACGUUUGCAGCGGGCUGCAGAAAAUCGUUCGCAGUAUCUAAAGGAUAAAAUUAAGAAAGCUCAUGACGAAGAAGAGAAACUGAAAGAGAUUGCCUUUAUCAAGAAUAUUGAAGCGCAAAAUAAGCGUCUAGAUUUCAUUGAGUCAUGCAAAGAACAGGAAGGACGGCUUCAAGAUUUGGAAACCGAAAGACAGAAGCGAGCAGAAGAGAAGGCAGCGAAAGAGGCAGCCGUCGAACGCCGAAGACAGGAAAUCGAACAGGAGAGACAGAAGAAGCUGCAAAUUAUGAGUGAAAAUCGUCGCGAACGUGAAAAACGUGUCGGAAAAAUGCAAGAGCAAAAGGAAAGGCAGCGUCAGGCUUUGGCAAGGGAAAAGGCACGAGACAGAGAGGAGAGGCUUCUUGCUCUGCAGGCACAGCAGCAAGCCACCACGGAAGAACUCCAAAGAAAGAUCAUUCAAAAACAGCAAGAAUCGGCCCGACGCCACGAGGAACAUAUCGAAGACAUCCGCCAGAGGGCAGUGGAAUUGACCAUACCGACUAGGAACUGUGACGAAACCAAUUCCAACAAACAGGAAACCGAUGACAAUCUCAGUGUUAGUGAUAAGGGCAAAGACAGUGGAAAUGGCAAGGCCAACAAGAAAAAACUGAAGAAACUAAGAUUGAGGAUGGCUCAAGCAGCGGAAGAAUACACCGCAGAACUUCAACCUCUCGCACCGCAAAUUCGCAAGCAAAGUCAAGUGCCCAAGCUGUUGAAUACAAUUGUGAAAGGCGGUGGCCCUCUGGGAGUUGAACGGCCUCUUGGUCAACUGUUGCGACUCAUGGCAAAGGCGGAGGUUGUAGACUUCCAGUCCAUGUGGCUACUGGACGGAUUGAAAAUCAUCUCCGACGUGAUCCAGCAGGGGAUGGAACCUAAUUCGGAGAUUUCCAAACGGGCGGUAGUAAUAUCGGUCCAGCUGUAUCGUAAUGCGUGCUCUCUAUGUCCGCAAAUAUCGCGCCAUGCGAUACUCGGUAACACCAUCACAGUAUUAUUGGAUGCUCUGCUGAUCAGCUUGAAGACACCAGAGGAGAAAUGUCCUUUGUAUCCAGUUGAGCUAUCCACCGAGCUAAUACUGGCAUGCACUGUGGCCCUGUCACCGACAAACUCACUCAAGCAGACACACCCAAAGGUUGUGGAACGCCUUCCGGAUCUCAUAAGUUACACAGUAUCAUUAGGUUUGCUAGACACACUAGUUAGGAAAUUCACCAAAAUCCAAGAAUCGGUCGAGACUCAACAAAGCUUGGUGCUAUCUCUGCUGGCUUCACUGGGGCUACUAACGAAGCUGGCAGAGCUCUGUCCAAAAGGUCCCGACAUCACCAAGUUUCUGGCGACGGUCAAAUCAACGGAACUGUUCGGAUCGGUCUCUCUGCUGUAUGCAGCUAUCGUGCCCAUUGGUGAAUGCAUUCCACCAAGAACGAUUUCGCUGGCGGCAGCUACCUUUAAUCUUCUGGUAACGUUGGCCAAUCUGGACAUUGUGACGUUUCAGGACGUGCUAUCGGAGGAGAAUCUCUCGUUUAAGUUUCUGGACGUGGUUAGCAUUCUGCUGCAGUACUGCGUACCGAAAUCGGAGGAGAAGGGUGAAACUCAGGCUGUGAUAAUCGACCUAAUAGCUACGUUAGGUUUCUUCUGUGCCAAUAAUAAAAUUAAUCAGAAUCUGCUCACCUCGGACCAUUCAUCGGUAAUAAUCAAAAGCCUGACCAAGCUGCCCAAGCAGUUCGACAUGGUCAUCUAUCCGACGCUGGUUACCGUCACCUACGAGAAUCCCGAAGCCAAAGCCAUACUGAGCAAAGAUUUUGACAUCGCGUCCCUGGAGGAGUACAGCAAAUCGGAUCUGGCGAAAAAGAACCGGAUUGUGUCGCUGUUGACUAAGGCGGAAUAAGGUGAUCACGUGGCGCAGGUCGUUCCUUUGGGUUUAGUAAGUAUACGCCGCUACGGAUCAGGUCAUAGUCACGCCUAUAAAGGUCAUCGCUUGCAACCAGUCCCAGAAGAGAGCAGCGACCACACUGCAAGUCCAUCAGAAGCAAUAAAUAAUGAGAAUGAAGCCGGAAUCAAUAAAAAUGCGACAUAAAAGCGCAGUGAUUAAAGUCAGCAAUAAUGUCGUCUUUAGCUGCCUCGGUCGAGUGCCAGAAAUCAGAAUCAGCAGCUAAGUCGAUGGACGGCAAGAUUGGUAUCGAUCUUGACGUUGCACAAAAUUUACUGCCGCCUAAUGAGUUGAGCAAGCUGCGCGGAAAGUCGAACGGGAGAUGGCUCAGGUUGAUACUUAAUUGUCCGGAGGAUUUUUUGUUUUGUUUCAGUACAGCUAAUAUUAAUGGUUUGACGUCGUCAUAUGGUUUCAACUGUCGCCGUUUCGCGCAGCUAACUGUUUGCCGAGGGCAUGAGCUGUGAAAUGUGCACUCACCGAUGCAUAAUUCAUUACACGUAUUUAAGUUGCUCAUUUACAGGUGCAUUGCACUCAACUGUACUGGAGAGUUGAUUCAUCUGUUGGUGUCGUUUUGUUGAAUUUCAAGAUUUUGAUUGUAGCUUUUGUAUUUUCAAACUAAAUUGCACUACAGAUUUUCGAUAUUAUGUACAUCUCUCGCGUUUAGUGCGCGCAAUUCAGUCGAUUUAUUAUUCUUCCAUAUUAACAAUAAUUCCAGAAUCGCAUGUCAAUUUUAAGUUUUUACUGGAAUAAGAGAAGACGUGAAUAUUUUGUUGUCAUUUUUGCAAAAAAAUGUUGAAUUUUGAUUGAUAAUUCUAAUUCAAUAUAAAAUAUUUCUGUGCAGGUAAAGCAUACCGUUAUAUUGCCGUACUACGCAUAUUUGUCCCGCGGUCCAUAAGGUUUACAUAGAACAUGGGACAAAUAAGGCGCAGUAUAUAAGAUGGUGUUUUUUUGGAAGGGCUAUGUUUUUUCCAGAUCAUUAAUCAUUAAAAUAAUUGAACAUCGACAAAAAAAUCUGAGUCGAUCAUGAAAAAAAUCAAUUAUUUACAAAAAAAUGAUUUUACGCCAUGUAUAAUUUUUUAUGAUGUUAGACAUUUUUUCAAAUGUGUUCGUGUUCGAAAAGACUUGCGUUGGAAAUUCUUGAAGAAACACCUAACUUCAAAGCUCAUAAGAUGGAUGCGUCAGAGCGCUGUGGUUCGAUUAGCUCUUCUGUUUAAAAAUUCAUACAGGAAAGGCAACAAGGGUUCGAUAUAGUCUAUUUUUUUCAAUGUUUCCCAAGAACGCGUUCGGAGAACAUUCUACCCUAAAUUGACACAAAAUACAAUCUGAAUUAACUUUUUCAAACAAAUCUUCAUCUUAAUAGAUUUUAAUCUUGUGUGCUGAUGGUGCUUGUUCACUACACUCGCUGACUGAACCUCGUCUACUAUAGCUUUAAGUUUCAAAACGCUAUUUCUUCUAAAUUCAAUACUCUACUAAUAUAGUAUUAAUUAUAUUGAUUUUCAUUAUAUUUGGUAAAUUUUUAUUACCACGAGCAGUCAUAUACAUUUAAAUCGUUUGGUUACUUAAUUUUAUUUUAUUUAAAUUUAGUAUACUAAAAUUGUUCAUUUCGCCUAGUUAGAACAGUAUCCUAACGUAGCAACACACCCAGAUGACAAAUGAUCACAAGGUAAUCGAGUCAAUAAAUCCCCAACCAUAGAGGUUGAUAGUAUCUAGUGUUUCUUGUACAUGCGAUAUGCCUAAUAAAAGCAAAUUUUUGUAACAAGCUGAAA